UCUGCUAACCAGUAAAUGUUUACACUUUUUAUCGGUUAUCACCAUUUAAUAUUUUCACGAUUUACGAAUCACGACUCACGAGAGACCAGACAAAUUUUUAAACUUCAGUUUCAGUAGUUCAGUACUUAACAUCUUCGCUACUCCAGGAACUUAACUCAAAUAACUCAUGACUUAAGAAUAAUAUAAACGCUACAAUAUUAUUAUUUACCAAAAACAUUUUCCUAAAUUUAAUUUCUUAAACACUAGGCCCAAGUUUGACAAUAUGAUGUCGACGGCAUCCAAGUGCGUGGAAAGUUGUAUCCGAACGAAAUUGCAAAAUCGAUUCAAUCCAAAAGUGUUGCAACUCAUCAACGAGUCGCACAUGCACAAUGUACCAAAAGAUUCGGAAACGCAUUUCAAAGUCGUUAUUGUAUCUGAUGAAUUCGAAGGCAUGCCCUUGAUUAAGAGACACCGUUUGAUAAACACUAUACUGACGGAUGAGCUCAAAUCCGGUGUACACGCUUUGUCUAUAGUGGCCAAAGCACCGACCCAAUGGAAAGACGAACCCAUCGAAAGUAGUCCCAAUUGCCGAGGUGGUUUUGGAAAGUGAACUUUAGAACUAUUUAGUCCCAAAAGAAGGACUCGAACCUAUUACCAACUAUUAUAGAUCAAUUUUAUAAAUUUAUAAACGUAUUAUUCGUAUUGUACAUAAUAUUACAUCUAUAAAAACUUGACAAUUCAUUUGAAAAUAUAUGAAACAUUGUAAAGCAAAUGUCAAUAGUAAUAGUAUGUUCAUAUUAUAUUUCUCUGUUGAAAUAAUUUUUUUUUUUUUUUGAGAACCAUUAAAU